CGGGCCGCCAAAUCGAGUACGGAGCUACUUAAACCGGCCGAAUCUGCAAUGGAGACGGCGGUUCAGGCGCGCACCAAGCGGGCGAGGAUCCGAGAAGUGGAGGAUGUCGCAGUGGUGGAGGCCGCUGCGGCCGCUGCUCCAUCUGCGCAGCAGGUAGUAGAGGCCGACGAGGCCAACGAUGAGCCCGGCAUCACCAAGUUGGAGCGCCUCUGUGCCACGGUGGACCAAAAGGGCGCCGGCCUCUCCAAGGCGGACCUGAACGCCCUGCUGGAUCACGGGAUCCAUUGCGUUGAGACCAUCGCCUUCAUGCCACAGCGGAAGCUGUGCGAAGUCAAGGGCAUUGGCGAGCAGAAGGCGGCCCGGAUCUACGCUGCUGCCAAGCAACUGGUGCCCAUGCGCAUGGUCAGCGCUGCAGAGAUGCUGCAGCUGCGCAGGAACAUGGUUCAGAUCACCACCGGCUCCGCGAAGCUGGAUCACCUGCUGCGGGGCGGCGUGGAGACCGGCCAAAUCACCGAGGUCUUCGGAGAGUUCCGCUGUGGCAAGACUCAGCUGUGUCACACCUUGUGCGUCGCCGCCCAGCUGCCCAUCAGCAAAGGAGGCGGCGAGAGUAAGGCCUUGUACAUCGACACGGAAGGCACUUUCCGCCCAGAGCGGCUGGCGGAUAUUGCCCGGCGCUACGGGCUCAACGAGGAGGACGUGCUGGAGAACGUCACCUAUGCUCGCGCCUACAAUGCGGAGCACCAGGACCGGCUUCUAGUGGAGGCCGCCAGCGUCUUCUGCGAGUCCCGCUAUGCGGUUCUCAUCGUAGACAGCGCCACUGGGCUCUUCCGCACCGACUAUAGCGGAAGGGGUGAGCUGGCCGAGCGGCAGCAGGCCUUGAACCGCUACCUCCGGAAGCUCCAGCGCAUCGCGGAUGAGCACGGGGUAGCGGUGGUCAUCACCAACCAGGUCAUGUCUUCUCCGGACAGCGGCCCGGCCGCCUACAUGGGACCGCAGGUGAAGCCCAUCGGCGGGCACAUCAUCGGCCACGCCAGCCAGACGCGGCUCUACUUCCGGAAGGGCAAGGGAGAGACGCGGAUCUGCAAAAUCUAUGACUCGCCCAGCCUGCCGGAGGGGGAGGCGAUGUUUGCUAUCGACGCAGGUGGCAUCAUCGACGCCCCCGACAGAUGAGCCGCAGAGCGCUCGCUCGCGCCGGGCGUGCUGUCGGCAAUCCUCAGCUCUCCCGCGCCGCGCACCGCGCGUUGCUCGAACCGUACUCGGCAGAAAGAGAAGGUGGCUCCGUCUCUUUUUGAGGGCACCUGGCA